CCACGCCCUCCUCCCGCCCGGCAGCCAGCGCCGCGCCGGGCCUCGCUCCCCGUGCGUCCUGCGGGGGCGGAGGCGCGGAGAGGCGGCGAGCGCAACCGGGGAGGCAGGGAGGGGGGCAGAGCACAGACAGCGGCGCCGAGGCUCGCGGAGAGGAGCCGCGGAGGGAGGGACGGAGCCCGGCCGCGGCGGACACGGCCUCGCGCGCCGGCCAGGGCGCAGCGCGCAGCGGGCGCCGAGCGCCGAGCACCGCAGGGGCGCCGCGGGGUCCUCCGGCCGUCCAUGCACAGAGCGCCCUCCCCCGCCGCCGAGCAGCCGCCGGGCGGAGGUGACAGCGCCCGCCGGACCCCGCAGCCCCGAGCCAAGCCCAGUGCCCGAGCCAUGGCACUGCCUCGGACACUGGGGGAGCUGCAGCUGUACCGGGUCCUGCAGCGCGCCAACCUCCUUUCCUACUAUGAGACCUUCAUCCAGCAGGGAGGGGACGACGUGCAGCAGCUGUGCGAGGCGGGUGAGGAGGAGUUCCUGGAGAUCAUGGCACUCGUGGGCAUGGCCACCAAGCCCCUCCAUGUGCGGCGCCUCCAGAAGGCCCUGAGAGAGUGGGCCACCAACCCGGGGCUCUUCAGCCAGCCGGUACCUGCCGUGCCGGUCUCCAGCAUCCCACUCUUCAAGAUCUCUGAGACUGCGGGCACCCGCAAGGGGAGCAUGAGCAAUGGGCACGGCAGCCCAGGGGAAAAGGCGGGCAGUGCCCGCAGUUUUAGUCCCAAGAGCCCCCUUGAACUUGGAGAGAAACUGUCACCGUUGCCCGGGGGACCUGGGGCAGGGGACCCUCGGAUCUGGCCAGGCAGGAGCACUCCAGAGUCUGAUGUUGGGGCGGGAGGAGAAGAGGAGGCCGGCUCGCCCCCCUUCUCCCCACCUGCAGGGGGAGGGGUCCCUGAGGGGACUGGGGCUGGUGGGCUGGCCACUGGUGGAGCUGGGGGUGGCCCUGAUCGCCUGGAGCCUGACAUGGUGCGCAUGGUGGUGGAGAGUGUGGAGAGGAUCUUCCGGAGCUUCCCGAGGGGGGAUGCUGGAGAGGUGACCUCCCUGUUGAAACUGAACAAGAAGUUGGCUCGGAGUGUGGGGCACAUCUUUGAGAUGGACGAUAAUGACAGUCAGAAGGAGGAGGAGAUCCGCAAAUACAGCAUCAUCUACGGCCGCUUCGACUCUAAACGGCGGGAGGGAAAGCAGCUGAGCUUGCACGAGCUGACCAUCAAUGAGGCCGCAGCCCAGUUCUGCAUGAGGGACAACACACUGUUACUGCGGAGAGUGGAGCUCUUCUCUCUCUCGCGCCAGGUCGCCCGGGAGAGCACCUACCUGUCGUCCUUGAAGGGUUCCAGGCUCCACCCUGAAGAACUGGGAGGCCCCCCGCUGAAAAAGCUGAAACAGGAGGUUGGAGAACAGAGUCACUCUGAAAUCCAGCAGCCUCCCACUGGCGCGGAGUCCUAUGCACCCCCAUACCGCCCCAGCUUGGAGGAGGACAGUGCCAGCCUGUCAGGGGAGAGCUUGGACGGCCACUUGCAGGCUGUGGGGUCAUGCCCAAGGCUGACGCCGCCCCCUGCUGACCUGCCGCUGGCAUUGCCAGCCCAUGGGCUGUGGAGCCGCCACAUCCUGCAGCAGACACUGAUGGAUGAGGGGCUGCGGCUCGCCCGCCUCGUCUCCCACGACCGCGUGGGCCGCCUCAGCCCCUGUGUGCCUGCGAAGCCGCCUCUCGCAGAGUUCGAGGAAGGACUGCUGGACCGGUGCCCGGCCCCGGCACCCCUUCCCGCGCUGGUGGAAGGUCGGAGGAGCAGCGUGAAGGUGGAGGCAGAGGCCAGCCGGCAGUAAGGGGGACGCUGGUGCCCCCACUCCCGGCACCUUGGACUUGGGGCGCUCACAGACCCUGCACUCUGGAUCAGCUCGCAGCCCUGGACCCUUCCGCUGCCCGUCUGCCUCCCCACCAGCUCCAUGGACACGGAACUAUGGGGCUUCAAGCAAUAACCAGCAGGGGCCUGCAAGAGGACGCAAGGAGGGUGCGUGGUGCCCCUCAGCGGCGCCCAGAGCAAGGGGGCAAGAACUGCCGCCAGAGCAUUUGGGGUUCCCCCUCCCUUAACCAACACACUCCCACUCUAGCUUGAACCAGUGGACUAGUUUGAUGCAGUUGGACAUAGUUUGGACAUGGGGGACAGGGGGACUUCCCUGGGAAGGUCCAGCAGCUAAAAAUGGAAACAUUCUCCCCAAGAACCGGGGGCCUAGGAACACUGGACCUGUACCUCCUCCCCUUUGCACCCCCAUUUUUGUGCUUCUAGUUUGUCUCUUUAAUUUAACAAGUGCUGCAGUCUACCCACCCACCCCCAUCUCUCUCCCAAGUCCUCAGCAACUCUUCCUCUUGCCCUCUCCGGGAGGAGGAGGAACGGGGGUCCCCCUUCACCGGUCCCCUCUGGAGGCCUCGAUUGGACUCAGGGUCUCCCUCAGCUGGGGUCUGGGCCGCAGCCCCUCUCUGAGCAGUUAGAGCAUCUUUCUUUUCAGAUUGUGUACAGUAGAUUAUUUAUUUUGUUAUUUUGGAAUAAAAUUUAUUUUAUGGCUUAGGA